AUGUUCGGAGAUUGCCUCGUUACAGCACCACCGCAACCUUCGCCAGCCGAGCUCGAGGCCGCCGAGCGCGAGACCGUUGGAUCGAUUAAGCUGGUCGCUGCUGCCGCCGCUGUUUUGUACUUUUGUACGUAUAUUUCCCCCAUGACUCCUUGCAUGCCUUCUAGAAUCCGGCACGGAGACUUUGGGUAUGUUUGUGCAGAGGGAGAGCAUAUUAGCUGACAGUUUUGGUGGAUCGUCUAGCACCUUUCCUUGUCGAAUACAUGCCCAAGGUUUUUUAGGUAGAAGCCUAGUUUUUCGACU